CGGCUUGUACGGAGGACCGGACAGCUGGGCAGCCAGACGCGCAGGGACGCGGUCGACGACUCGUCAUCACAACACACUCCGCCCGCGUCCGCGAGGACGCGCAGGGCCGCACGGGGGCGCGCGCAUCCAAGCCGUGUACUCCUGGUGUGUACGUGCCGGAGCGAGUACGCGACCGCCCAAUGGAAUUCGCGGCCGCUUUGAAGAAGCUUGAUGCUUCGCGCUGGCCCGCCCCGUCCCCGUGGUUGGUUGGUUUGGUUUGGUUACUUGCUACUACUCCUACUACGACUACUAUUCCCUCCCUGGUUUGCUCGGACGAACGAGUCGUGGACUCGCGGGUUGGGUCUGCGCGUCUGACCGCGUGGCGUUGCUCACACAGGCGAGCGAAAGCGAGAGACACAGGCGGGUGGGGGGGCGACAGAGAGGGAGAGGGAGAGGGAGAGGGAGAGAGAGACGCCGCCGGUUUCUUCCGCCUGCUCCCGCUCGUUCUUCCUCGGGGUGGGUGGGUGAGCCGGUCCACGAGGCGGCGUCGGCGACGGCGGGGCAACACUGCCGCAGCACAGGGGUCAGGAGACGGGGCCGGCGUUGGCGGAGGAGAAGAUUGGGCACAACGAGACUAUAGAGCAAGCGACGCCUCCUUUUCUUUUUUUCUCCGAUCCAUCAGUUCUGAGCACGAACUGGGGAACUGGCUUCGCAUUGAGGUUCCAAGAAGGUCACCGGAUUUGGCGCAUGGGGGUCUCCGCCAGCUGCUUGUGGGGUGGCUCCGAGUCGAGGGGGAACCAAAAUGGUUCUGCUGCGGUGACGUCUCCUCGUUCAGAAAUGCAGGUCAAGUAAUAUCAAGAGCUGGAAGUAAUGUACGAGUCUUCUCCCUAAAGGAGUUGAAGCUUGCCACUCGAAACUUUCACAUGAUGAACUGCGUUGGCCGUGGGGGUUUUGGAGCAGUGUACAAGGGAAACCUGAAAGAUGGCACUCAAAUUGCAAUUAAAAAGCUGUCAGCUGAAUCAAAGCAAGGGGCAAAUGAGUUCUUGACAGAGAUAAAUGUCAUAUCCAAUGUCAGGCACCCCAACCUUGUAAAGCUAAUUGGUUGCUGUGUUGAAGGGACUAACAGACUACUAGUGUAUGAAUAUGCAGAGAACAAUAGCUUGGCACAUGCUUUACUUGGACCAAGGAGUAGGUGUAUUCCGUUAAACUGGCAAAAAAGAGCAGCUAUUUGUAUCGGAACUGCUUCUGGCCUUGCAUUUCUUCAUGAGGAAGCACAGCCACGCAUUGUUCAUCGUGAUAUCAAGGCCAGCAACAUUUUACUUGAUAAGAAACUACUUCCUAAAAUUGGAGAUUUUGGACUGGCCAAGCUUUUUCCUGACACCAUUACUCACAUUAGCACACGUGUUGCAGGAACAAUGGGUUACUUAGCACCAGAGUAUGCCUUGUUGGGACAGUUAACCAAGAAAGCAGAUAUAUAUAGUUUUGGGGUCCUUGUCCUUGAAGUGAUAAGUGGUGAAAGCAGUAGCAAAUCGACUUGGGGGCAAGAUAUGAAUGUCCUUGUGGAAUGGACAUGGAAGCUUCGAGAACAAGGAAGGCUUUUGGAAAUUGUUGAUCCAGAACUGGAAGAAUACCCAGAGGAGGAAAUGCUUCGUUUCAUCAAGGUGGCACUCGUGUGCACCCAGGCCACGUCCCAGCAGAGGCCAUCCAUGAAACAGGUGGUGGAUAUGCUAUCUAACCCAACAGAAAUCAGUCUGGAGAACUUAGUCGCACCAGGUGUGCUGAAAGAACCCCGCCAUCAUUCAAGUAGUUCGGGUUUGACACCGGACACAACCUCAAACAGAAGCACCAAAGCCAAUCCAGCUGAUUCCUACAGCACACAGACCAGAGACAUGAAUAGCUAUCAGUUGAGCACGAUUGAGGUGUCGCCUAGGUGAUACGGCACACUGCGCGCUUUCUUGCCAGAUUCAGAGGGGCUCCCACAUUGUCAGAUUUUGCUGCGCUGACAGAGUUUUACUUGGAAAUGAGAAAGUGAAUAGGAUAUGCUUAAAGCCCUGAUCCAUAUGCAUCCGGAUUGAGGAAAUACACAGGAUAGGAUGGGCAUUGCUGUGGGUUGCUGUUGUACACUUGUACAGAACUUGUAGUUAUACUUUUAGGGAUGCAUUGCAAGAGUAGUGAUGUCUUCAGACACCCAAAAGAACUUCACCAUUCGAAGACGUGGUGAAGAACAGGGUGAAGAGUUGUCACGUGAUGAUCAUAGUUUUAAGGCUUAUUUGGAUAGGCAUGGAUUAGGUUUAAUCCUUCCAUUUUGAUGCAGAAUUGGUUCAUUAUCUCUGCUUAUCUAAAGGACUUAAACCUAAACCCCACCUAUCGAGACAGGCCUUUGAUGACAUUACCUUCUUUUUACCGCUUAUUGGCCCAAUUUUUCUUACAUCGUAGCUAGUGCAAAAACAUGUGAUUUGAGACAAAUAGUUGGUUUCUGGAAAUCCUUUGUACACUGAUUUUUUGUUCUUUUGGGAUAUUCUCAUAUAUGAAGUGACCGUCUGGACUCUGGACUGUAUCCAUUUGUGAUAAUAUUAUAGUGUUGUUGUAUUGAAUUUUCAACAGCAAUUAUUGGAUUCCUGAUUUCGUGCAA